AUGUCGCCUUCGACCCCAUACACGUACAUCCAAUGCCCUUGCUCGGAUCAGACUGUUUCCGGUCCAGGAGGUGCGCAUUCAGAUCCCGAGGAGAACGAAGCAUUCGAUCCAAAAGCCCCGCGGUCAAACUACAGCUUAUACCCUCUCGAAUACCUCCUAUACUGCGAGGACUUCUGUAUUGGUCCCCUCCAAGUUGGGGCUAUCCAGCCUACCACGGAUGCGAAUCUUCUCCCGACACAGUAUCAAACCAACCCCACCGGCGGCCCGUAUGCGCUCUUCUGUCAAUAUUGCAACUGGACCUCGACCGAGAUCGGUAUUGAAUUCGACCGGCCCAGCGGAAUAUACAAUCAACUCUCCAAAGUGAACAACGGAGGCCAACCCAAGCUCACCUUGAGAGAUGUGAAGGAUCGGCGGAAAGACAACCCGGACGAACCGCCUGUGCCUGACGACCAAGUUGAUGCAGAUUUGCAAUUUGCCAACCUAAAGGCCUUUUAUCAGACACAGUUGUCAGAAUCCAACACGUCAAUACGCGGGCUUCCGUUGCAUGAUGGAUUGGGUUUCUCGUCCCCAGCCGCUCUGACUCGCAUCAUGUCUCUGUAUACUGGCCGUGGUCAUCAGGGUCGGUUGCAGCAAGGGCCGGCAGAUAUCAUGCGCGAGGCACUCGGCACCAAUGACGGCCUCAAAAUCUCGAAUCUGGACGAGUCGAAAGAUAUAAAGAAGCUCAUUGACGGAGGAUGGGGCGUCACUGCGUCACUCGAACAGCGAAGCCAGCAGCCCACGGAGCCUGCACGAUUCGAGGACGAGCUUCGGCCAAUUGCAUAUCUUCUCCGCAGCAAGCGGUCAAAACGUUGUCCUUCUUGUCGCCACAUUAUAUCCAAACCAGAGGCGAAAGUGGUGUCUACGAGAUUCAAAAUCCGCCUGGUUGCCAAGUCAUACAUACCAACAAUCACGAUUCGGCCGCUCAAUCCCACAGCUACGCCUGUGCCGAUAACAUAUCGACCCAUGGUCCAGGAAGAAGCACCACUCAAGCCGCAUCAAGCGUAUCAUUUCGUUGUCACCUUUAAGAAUCCUCUUUUUGACAAUAUCAAGGUCACAUUAGCCUCGCCACCUAAAACCCCAGGUCGCUUUUCCAGCAGAGUUACCGUGCUGUGUCCGCAGUUUGAGGUCGACGCCAACACUGACAUGUGGGAUGACGCUCUCAAGGAUGACGAAAAGGACCGAAGUCGAAAGGCAGACGAGGGCCCCGAGGUGGGCAAGAUCUGGGAAAAGGGGCGAAACUGGGUGAGCAUCGUGCUGGAGGUUAUACCGGCAUCUUUGCGAAUCGAUCAAUUACAGAAGGGCAACGACAAGAUCGACACCAGUCCACUCAAGGGGGGUGAGGAUCUACUUGAGAUUCCCAUGUUUGUUCGCAUGGAGUGGGAGUCUGAGACACAGGCCGACAUGGACGGACCGCCGAGCAAGGACAAGGAAACGAGAGAGAAGCGAGAACUGGCAUACUGGUGCGUGCUCGGCGUUGGGCGCAUCAGUCACGAAUGA